AAAUAAAUAACCAAACACAAAAGGAUUUUGAUCUUGACCACUUGCUUAGGAGACAGUGUGAAAAACAAUGGAUUUGAGUGAAUUGAGAAAAGUGGUUGAAGAGGUGGAACUUGUGGAUGGUCAUGCUCACAACAUAGUUUCUUUUCAUUCAAACUUGCCUUUUAUUCAUGCCUUUUCUGAAGCACAAGGUGAUGAUGCUCUUGCUUCUUCACAACACUCUCUUUCUUUUAAGAGAAAUCUAAGGGAUUUAUCUGAGCUUUAUGGAUGUGAGUUAUCUUUGCAAAGCGUUGAAGAACACCGAAGAGUGUCCGGAUUGCAAUUCGUGUGUUCGACAUGUUUCAAAGCUGCAGGAAUCUCUGCUAUACUUAUGGAUGAUGGUUUAGCAUUGGACAAAAAGCAUGAUAUAGAAUGGCAUAAGAGUUUUACUCCUUUUGUUGGUAGAAUCUUAAGAAUUGAAAGGGUUGCUGAAGAAAUCCUUGAUCAAGAUUUGCCUGAUGGAUCUUUCUGGACGCUGGAUUCAUUCACUAAAGCAUUUGUCUCAAAGUUGAAAUCAGUUGCUGGUGAGAUAUUUGGUUUGAAAAGCAUAGCUGCAUACCGUGGUGGCUUAGAAAUCAAUAUAAAUGUUGCUACAAAUGAUGCUCAGGAGGGUCUCAGACAAGUGUUACUUGCUGGCAAGCCCAUCCGUAUCGCAAACAAAAAUCUUAUCGACUACAUCUUCUUGCAAAGUUUGGAAGUUGCUCAAUCCUAUGACUUACCAAUGCAGAUACACACAGGCUUUGGAGACAAAGAUUUGGAUAUGCGACUGUCGAAUCCUCUUCAUCUCCGUUCAGUUUUUGAGGACAAGAGAUAUUCGAAUUCUCGGAUUGUUCUUUUACAUGCAUCCUAUCCAUUCUCAAAGGAAGCAUCAUAUCUAGCAUCUGUGUACCCUCAGGUUUACCUUGAUUUUGGGUUGGCAAUUCCAAAGCUAAGUGUACAUGGAAUGAUUUCAUCACUUAAAGAGCUUUUAGAGCUGGCUCCAAUAAAUAAGGUGAUGUUUAGUACCGAUGGCUAUGCAUUUCCCGAAACCUUCUACUUAGGUGCAAAGAAGUCUCGUGAAGUUGUUUACUCCGUUUUGCGUGAUUCAUGCAUCGAUGGCGAUCUCUCUAUACCUGAGGCUGUGGAAGCUGCAAAAGACAUCUUUGCAAGAAAUGCAAUCAAUUUCUAUAAGAUUAGUUUAGCUACCAAUGCUGUUAGUUCACAUAAUAAUUUGCCCUUAAAGUUGAACGAUGAAUUAGAGACCGAUGUUUCAUUUGUUCGUAUAUUAUGGGUUGAUAAUUCAGGACAGCACAGAUGCCGCGUUGUUCCUAGAAAGCGUUUCGAUGAUGUUGUUACGAAGAACGGUGUCGGUUUAGCAUUUGUUUGUAUGGUAAUGACUUCUUUUCUGGAUGGAUCUCCAGAAGGGUCUGGUUUAGGUUCGGUCGGUGAAUCAAGAUUAACGCCUGAUUUGUCUACUAGAAGGAGAAUUCCUUGGAGCAAGCAAGAUGAAAUAGUUUUAGCUGAUCUGAAUCUUAAACCUGGUCAACCAUGGGAAUAUUGCCCAAGAGAAGUCUUAAGAAGAGUUACCAAAAUUCUGAAAGAUGAAUUUGACUUGGUAAUGAAUGCAGGAUUUGAGAAUGAGUUUUUUCUCUUGAAGAGCAUAACAAGGGAAGGGAAAGAAGAAUGGAAACCAAUUGACACAAGUCCUUACUGCUCCUCAUCAGCAUUUGAUGCUGUUUCUCCGAUACUUCGCGAAGCUGCUUCUGCUUUACAUUCUUUGGGCAUACCAGUAGAACAGAUACAUGCAGAAGCUGGAAAAGGUCAAUUUGAGCUAGUUUUGGGACAUACCAUUUGUACUAAAGCUGCAGACAACUUAGUUUACACACGUGAAACUAUUAGGGCCAUUGCUAGAAAACAUGGCUUGCUUGCAACUUUUAUUCCAAAGUAUGCAUUAGAUGAUAUGGGUUCAGGAUGUCAUGUGCAUCUAAGCUUGUGGCAGAAUGGCCAAAAUGUAUUUAUGGCAUCUGAUGGAUCAUCAAAGUAUGGAAUAUCAACUUUGGGAAAAGAAUUUAUGGCUGGAGUUCUUUAUCAUCUUCCUUCAAUUUUGCCAUUUCUAGCACCACUUCCUAUCAGUUAUAAUCGGUUACAACCUCACACAUGGAGUGGUGCAUAUAAAUUCUGGGGAAAUGAAAAUAAAGAAGCUCCGAUGCGUGCUACAUCGCCGCCAGGAACCCCCGGUGGCCUAGCAAGCAAUUUUGAGCUUAAAUCAUUUGAUGGUUCUGCAAACCCAUACUUAGGAUUAGCUGCUAUAAUUGCUGCCGGCAUUGAUGGUCUUCGUAGGCAUCUUUCUCUUCCUGAACCUGUUGAUACAGAUCCAAAUCCAGAAAACCUUGAGAGAUUGCCAACAUCACUUUCGGAAUCUUUGGAAGCUCUCGACAAGGCUGACUUCCUCGAAGAAUUUAUUGGUGAAAAAUUGUUGACUUCCAUAAAAGCGAUGCGAAAGGCUGAAAUUAAGCAUUACUCGGAGAACAAGGAUGCAUACAAGCAACUCAUACACCGUUAUUGAGGUAGUUGUCUUUUUCUCCUGUGCAAGAUUGGUUUAUCAGAGUAUUGAUUUAGAUUCUGGAGAAUCUUCUACAUUAGCAAUUGUAAGGUGUUGUUUGUGGUUCUUGUUAAAUAACGGAAUUUUUUUUUUUUGUUAAAAUAAAUAGUUUAAUUUCUAUGUAAUAAAAAGUGUUCAUCACAAUCAAUGAAAAUCAAUCAUGUUUAUGACUUUAGAUUUGAUUAAA